AAAGCUAGAAUACUCACAUCAGUUUCUGUAGUGCUUUGCAACUGUCUCUGUAAAAUUAAUGUCUUGCUGUAAAUUAGUUAUGUAAAAGUAAGGAUAUAAGUUGGUCCCUGCCAAAUUUGGUCAUCCGAAAGGCCAGUAAGCCCCAAUAUAGCUGUAAGCAGCUACUGCAAAAAUACCACAGCAAUAAGAAACAGUUUGAUGGUUCUUUCAAAAAUAAUAAUGAAGAUUCAAUCUGCAUAUUGUUUCUGCAAUCUGCAAAAUUGUUUCUCAGAUUUCUCAGGGAGCAUGGAACUCUUUGGAGCUUACUGUUGCACAAAGCCACACACACAUCUCGCUCCUUGAGAUUUGUUUCUUUGCUGAAACAUUUCCAUCACGUUUUAUGUGAUGUGGACAAAGUUAGGAUUUCAUAUAACUUCCUCUGCAAUAUCCUGGGCUCUGAGCAGGACAUUCCUGUUUGGGGGUCCACUAGAAAUACAGCUCAGGGAACCCAAAGCUUAGCUUUGCUUCACACAUCCUUCUGUUCUGACCCCAAGCUGUCCAUCUCUCUUGGCCAAGGCAUCAGCUGACACAAGCUCUAAAAAAGUUAGAGUUUCACAAAAAGGAUGGUUGAUAAUAUUUGGAAAAUGGGUCUUUGUGUGCCGUCAAAAGUCCGAGCCUGGUUUCUGACAGCAAAAGGCUCUGACAUAAAGCACAGGGCCUGGAGCCAGAGGGCGGCCCCUGCUGACGCAUCCCCCGUGCGACCACAGCUCCCCUUGUCCCUCCGCCGUGUAGCGAGUGGACGCGCUCCUUCCUAACGGCAGCAGUCGCCUCCUCGAGGACCGUCUUCCAGGCAGGAGAAAGGGGAGAACUUAGGGACAAGGAGGACGAACCCAGUCGCUCUGCACCCACGCAGCCAAGGCCCGUCCUGCAGGGACACACCGCGCAGCGGCAACCCCCGAGGCCGUGCUGCAGCCCGGCACGGCGGCUCCCGCCUCACGCACCCGGGCCCCGCCAGCAGCGCGCCGGGGCGGGGCCGUGCCGUGCCGCCAUGGGAGCAGGGGCGUUCCCACCUCUUCUCUAUUGUUGUUCUGCCGCUGCCCCGUAGCGCUGCUCUCCGCUUCAGGGCCGCGCGGCGCUGACACACUCCCGCUCUGGAAACAGAAAAGAGGGCAGGCGUGCCGGGGCGGCUGUCGCUGCUGGUGGGCAUCCGGAAACCGAUUUUCUGUCUGUUUCUCGGCAGAAGCCGCCGAUGGAGCACGAGCAGCCGGGCGCCGAGCAGCGGGAGGCGGAGCGGGAACACGGCCGCUACAUGGAGCGCCGGGCGGUGGCCAGGGAGCAGCUGGCGCAAAUAGAGGAGCACAAGCAGCAGGCAGACCUAGCCAAGCAGGAAAACAAAAGAGAAAGUGAAAAAAUACAAAGGCUGAGCCAGUUGUACCAACUGGAAAUUCAGAGAGGAAAAGAAAAGGAAGAGGAGGAGAAACUUGAAUGCCAGAAGCAGUAUCAUGAGCAUACAGCUGAACAGGAAAGAAUUAAAAAUGAAGAGAAACAAAAAGAAGACAAAGAGGAUGAUCGGAUUAGAGCUUAUGUUAAAGAAAAAGAAAUGAUGGCUGAUCUGAGAAGAGGGAAAGAUGCAGAGACCAGUAGGCUAAUUGAGGAGCAUCAGGACAAAGCUUGUAAAAAACUAACUGCACAGAUGAACAAGGCAUUGAGGAUGGAAGAUGAUCGUCUUGAUCGAGCAGCUGCAGAGGUAGAAUAUGAAUACCAAGUGAAAAACAAAGAGAAGGAAGCUAAAAAAAAGGCUGCCAUUGAAGCUAUUGCUGAACACAGAGCCAUUGACGCAAAGAUGAAAUUGGAGAAGGAGAGAGAGGAGAAAGCAGAAGGUGAGAAGGACCGUAGUCAGUGGAUGACAGAUGAUCGUAUCCAUCUGGAAAUGGAAAAAGCUAAGAAAGACAAACAGCAUGAUGCAAAUGUAGAAUUACAGAAGUUUCGAAUCCAGCAAAUGGCAGAGAAAGAGGCAAAAAAACAGCAGGAAAAACAAGCGGACUUGGACUACUAUGCUCAGAGAGAAGCCACUUUUCAUUAAGAGAAAGAAUUUCAGAGAUAAAGGCAGUGAGUAAGUUAAUGUGUCAUGAAUGCACAUAACUUUUAUUCUCUCCUCCAAGCAUCCAAGGAGGUAACAGGGCAUGGAUAUAGGCCUCCUAAGUAGGUUUUACUCCUCUUUUCUUUCUCUAAAUUAGUAUGGGAUAUUGCUGGAACUCAGCUACCUCAGUGUUGCUGAACUACUGUUUCAGAAAAUUAUGAAAGAACAUGGAGGGUAUCCAGCAAGAAUUCAUGAAACAUCAGCUGAAAAUUAGCAAAAUUAGUUUAUGCUAACUGAACAAAUGUAAAAGUAAAGGAGUAUCUAUUUAUUUAUUAUAUAUAUUAAAAAAAAAGGUUCGUGUAGCACUAUCACCUUCCUCCUUGACAAAUGUAUGUGAACUGCUGUCUUGAUCAGGGAUUGAGCAAAUACUUGGAAUUGGGUAGGAAUGUUGCAACUUGUGUGCUCCUCAAAUGCCUGUCCAAGUACACAGCCAGGACCUCAGAGCUAGCACAGGCCCAGGUAUUGCUAUGGGCUGCUGAGCUGUUUCUGGACAGCAGGACAUGGCUAAGUACAGCUGAUUCUUUGUAUCCAUUUUAGUCAGUGCAGCCCAAAAGGGGCUGGUUGUGGAAUGAGGAAGCUGCUGCUGAGAACAUAAAUUCAUGAUGCAUGUAUUUUGGGGGGCAUUUGCCCAGAGUAGCACUAGUUUGGGGUCAUGGCUCAAUACUCAUCACAGUUUGGAGCAUAUCUUCCUUCUUAAGUUUUUGUCCAAAAGGCUCCAGUUGCUGAUUACUCUGGAAUGGGAACAAAAGCACAGAAGAUAGGAACAAGCCAAACAACCUGGAGAUUUAUCUCAAACUCGCUUCUCGUCUACACAAAAAUGCUAAUAUUGCUGAUUUGUCAGAUAAGUCAUACAGAGUUCUUUCCAAUUAUCUUGGAAUAAUUGACUUGUUUGGAAAUAAACUCUUCGGGGAAAAAGAGGCAUGGCAGUUAGCUUCUGAAAUAGUCUCUGAAUACUUUUCUUAGUUCAAUAAUGAAAAAUUUAUUUCCCCUCUCUCUGAGCCAGUGCUCUUUUUAUUACUUCAAGCUUUUUUCAGCAAACAAAGAAAUGGAAACUUUUAAUAAAGCCUUUUGAUGGCAGAAGCUGAAAACUUGAGAAGCUCUACAGUAAGAGUUGUGCUGAAGUCUGCAGAGCUUGAUAAUGCUCCAAAUUCAUCCCCAAGUGCACAUUUACACAUGCUCACUACCAUGUGCAACUGGUGAGUUAAAUGGAUUUUAGUCUACUUCCACAGCAACAAGAAGCAAGGUGGAUUCCAGCCUCACUUACCACUUAGCUUUAAAAAAAAAAAUCAAAAGCCCUGUCCCGUAGAUUGUCUACAUUUGAAAUCCACCAAGGGGAUUUCCAAGGGGCUUAUACCCCUUUUUCUUGGAACAUCUACAGAAAUACCAAACUCAGUUACUAGAAAGCAAUUCAUCCUUUCAGUGUACCUAGAGUGAAAUAAGCAUCUAGGGUAGUUUUUAAACACACUGGCUAGAUGUGGAUUCAUUUGCUUAUUUCAGCAUUAAAAAAGCAUUAAUCAGUUAUAUUGCAUGGACUUCAAAAGGUGCCUAUGCUUUGUGCUUGCUUUAAAUGAUUAACCCUAGUUAGUGAUCUCUAUAAAAUAGCAGAAAAGUUGUUUUAGAAACAUGAAGAAGUAAAUAGUUGAGGGUCUAGAAUUUUUAGUGACAAAACAUUAUGGUAACAUUUAAUUGUUCUUUACAGUUGUCCUACAUGAAAGGCAAGAACGGAAAUCUUGCAAGAAUAAUACAGAAGACUAAAGUAAUUUGUAUGUCUGAUAUGUUGAAGAACACGAAGAAAAAAAGACUGGGAAGAAGUUAAAAGAACAAUUCCCUGUGCAAGUAGAAUCAGAUGAAUGCUACUGAACAGCCUGAGAUGAUAAAUAAAUGAAACAGUGAGAAAGCUGAGCUCACUCAGUCUGGCAAGGAAGAAGCUAAGGAGAGAUCUAGGAGCAGCCUGCAGCUGUUGGAAGGGUAGUACAGCCAAAGCAAAGCCAACCUCUUGGUACUGUCAGAUGAUUGAUACAACAGAUUAUUAUGUGGGAGACCAGGUUGACUGUCAAGAAACACCGCGUUCAUGCUGACAGGAGUUAAAAUUGGAUCCUUUUGGCCAGACAGGUGGUCAGCUAUCAUCUGAGAAGGCUUUGAAAUGGUCACAUUUAAGGCAGGAGGUUGGUCUAGCUGACCACCAGUGGUCCUUUUCAACCGCUACUUAAAGAUGGCAACAAAAUACAGGAAGCAAAAAUUCAGCUGGUAAAUGGAGACAAAUAGCUGACCUGGAAAAUCUGCUGAGAGGCAUCUCUAGUCUAAUGCCUAGUGUCACUGCAUAUGCUUUCUGCAUAUGCUUUCUGCAUAUGCUAUAUUGCAUAUGCUAAAGUUGCACUACAUAUGCUUAUUAGCUAAAGUUGUAAUUUAUAGUUAGCAAAUCAGAAUAUACUUUGAGAACUAACUUGACUACUAAACAUGAAUUACUGAUUUUGCUCAACAGAGCCCCCUCUCAGCUGGUGUGCUGCCUUUCUUCAGGAAGUCAUAGAACACAUACAUGUAACUUAAGAGGUAUUGGUCUUAUGAGAAAGCCAGGACCUUAGAAAUGCAGGGCAAUCCUCAGAGGAACUGAAACAGAUAACUUAAAUCAAGCUGUGAUUUUUCCAAAUGUGUCACCCAACUGUGUGGAAAUAGAUUGGCAAUUUAAGUGCUUACAUCCAGAGUCAAAUGUGAUUUUUCAGAGCAUUACCACAAGUCUGAUGCCUGUAUGGCUAUAGCAGUAGUCUUCUCAGAUCUAAUGUAAUUCUGACACAGAAAGUGGAAUAGAGGAGCUUUUUAAAUACCUCAUCCUAGGUAGAUUUAAGUUGACUGACUGUGCAGUUCUUUACCAUCAAGUGGUGAUCUGGGCUGGAGUUUACUAGUUCUAACAUUACAGGCUGCUACUGCUCAACUCAGAAGAAGGGUGAAGAUAACACCUAACUGGAAACAAACUACCACUGAAGAGAAGAGUUGCCACCACGGGGCAAUUAAGGAUGGACACUUUCAUAUGCCAGUAUACACUAGCUAUAACUAACUCACCUGAAUUUUUUUUCAAAACUUAAUCGUGGUUUUAGGUCAAAGAAUUCGUUCUGUUUUAAUGGCUAAGUUCUUUUAAUUUAUUAUUUACGUAUACCUUCUUCAUAUUUAUAACACUCUCCCAUUUCAAGACCUGUAACCUUCCUCCUUUGUCUGGUAAUACAUCCUUGUCUCUGCUGAAUCUUCAUUCUUGUUCUGGCAGUGCAUCUUUUUCUCUGGUAGAGAAUCUUCCUUUUUGUUCUAAAUAGCUCAAAAACAACAACAAAACUGCAGAGGGAGUUAGUGAAAGCUAGAGCUAUGAUAAGACUGUAUGAGAUACCUUUCUUUAAUUCCUUCUAUUUAAUGUGUUGUGCUAUGCUCUUGCAUUGCCCCCAGUGCAAUCUAAGCUUCUGUUAUGGUCGAGUAAAUGAUUCAAACCUGCUAUUUAAUCUAUUAAGCCAAUCUUUUAGAAGAUCUAAAACAGCUUUAAAACACAGUUGAUUGUAGCUAUGUGAUACUAUAUUAUAUAAAACAGCAUCAUACUUCUUUUUUUUCCUUCUGGGUUUCUCAUUUGCAAUACAUUAUCCAGAGAAAUGGACAAUUCUGUUAGGUACUGAAGGGCGUAAGUGUCAGAACCACGGGCCCAAAAAAAUUGAACAUUAGAUUUUUGCUAAUAUAAUAGUAAUUUUACUACAUACUACCUUCCAAAUAAGUAGCACCUGACUGGACUUACCGUAAUCUAUUCUGUUUAAAAAAAAAAAAAAAAAGAAGUGAAAGCUAGAAAGCUGCAGUGCUGAUUGGAAGAAACAAGUAGUAGUCACUGUGCAGACCAGAGACAGGAUCAAAGGUUUGAGACUACCAAAACCUGAAAACUACACAUCCAGCAACUGGUACAGGGUUAUGACAGACAAAGGAAUUUCAGACCGUCUUUGGUAAAGCUUAGUAUUACAUUACUGCUGUGGGACAAUUACUAUUGUUUCAAUUACAACCCAUCAAUUCAUAUACAUUCAAUUGAACAGUAGUUACAAAUUACACAGCAGGACUUAAACUCUCUUUCUUUCUUCUUCAGAGAUACACCUGACAAGUAUAGAAGCAUGUACAAAAGAAUUAAGAAGCCACAGUGACUCUGCAAAACCUACCAGUGCCUUACAGCUGAAGCUGAUUGGAACACAUUACAGGACGUGCAGUGUGCUGAAACCUGCCUAUAUUCAGCUUCAGCUCAAGAAACAGUUACCAUAUCUGCAGCCAUAGGUUUCAAUAAGCAAUUGCAACAGAAAUUUACUAUACUUUUAUUAUGGAACACAGAAGAUUUUUGAGGAACUCAAGAGGUAAAAACCUGAAUGUGUAUUUAAACUUAACAUCUGUGCUGUACUCCCCGAGUAUUACUGAGCUGCUAAGCUUAACUAAAAACUUGUGUUUUGGCUUUAAAAAAAUAAAUAAAUAAAACUGAGUAAGCUGUUUAAAAAUA